CCCAAGGCCCCAGACCAGAGAGGCAAAAGUGGAUAGACAGCUCCACCUUCCUUCCACUCCACUCCAAUGGCCGCCGCUCUCCCACACUCCCAUCUCCGCCUCCACGUCCCGCUUCGCACCCCCGACCCUUCCUCCCGCCGCCGCUGCCAUCGCCUUCGCCUCCCCUCCCUCGUCGCCGCCUCGCGCCUCCAGAACCCCACCACAGCGACCCACCCUGUCCUCCCGCCCCCGGCACCAGCCCCCUCCGCCGCCCUCCUCGCCGCCGAGGGGGCCUCCCUCGCGCCGCGCCGGGAGCACCGAUUCCCGGGCUCCGUCUCCACCCCAACAAGCUCUUCCGCCGCCUGUGGGCUCGCCGAGGCGGAGGACGCCGUCCUGCGGCGCGCCCUCGUGGUGCGCCGCGCGGUGGCCGCCGAGGCGCUCGUGGCCGCGCUCAGCGGCGGGAAGGUCGGCGGCCUGACGUACAUCAAGAACCUCAUGGCGCGGAUGGGGCCGUUCAUGGACCGCGUCGUCGUUGAGGCCGCCGCAAUGCGGCGGGACCGGCCCGACUUCGCGCAUAUGUCCUUCAACGCACGGGCAAAGGCGUACAUCCAGGAAUCCGGCCUUGUCGAGCUAGUCAAGUGGUUCAAGCACAACUCGAUGACAUAUCCCCAAAUUGCCAAAGUAGUUUGUGCGUGUUCUGGUGAUUUGGGAAAAGUAAGGAUGAUGAUAAAGUGGCUGAGGUCGAUUUAUGUAAAAGGAGAUUUUUUGGGGCGUGUCCUCGCAAACGGUGGAUCCUUUUUGAACCGAAGGUUCGAAGAAUUGGAAGAGAUUAUUGACUAUCUGGAAAGCUGUGGUGUGAGGAGAGACUGGAUUGGUUAUGUGGUCAGUAGAUGUCCACAGCUGCUGAAUCUGUCCAUGGAUGAGUUGGAGACAAGAGUGAGGUUUUAUACGGAUAUGGGAAUGGAUGAGAAGGAUUUUGGCACUAUGGUCUAUGACUAUCCAAGAGUUCUUGGAUUUUUAAGCUUGGAAGAGAUGAACAGUAAGGUUCAAUAUCUGAAAGAGUUUGGUUUGAGCACUGAAGAACUUGGGAGGCUACUGGCUUUCAAGCCACAACUCAUGGCCUGUGGCAUUGAAGAAAGGUGGAAGCCUCUUGUGAAGUAUCUGUAUCACCUUAAUGUUUCACGGGAUGGCAUGAAGCGAAUGCUGGUGGUCCAACCUACAAUAUUCUGUCUUGAUUUGGAGACAGUGAUAGCACCAAAGGUACAAUUUCUACAAGAUAUUGGUGUAAGGAGUGAUGCAAUGGGCAAUGUGCUUGUGAAGUUCCCUCCUGUAUUAACUUACAGCCUAUACAAGAAAAUACGCCCAGUGGUUAUAUUCCUGUUGACAAAAGGUGGAGUAAAACAGGAUGACAUUGGAAAGGUUAUUGCUCUGGAUCCACAGCUCUUGGGCUGUAGUAUUCCACACAAGCUAGAAGUUAGCGUCAAGUACUUCCGGUCACUGGGUAUCUACCACUUUGUGCUCGGUCAGAUGGUUGCCGACUUCCCAGCACUUCUCAGAUACAACGUUGACAUCCUAAGGCCAAAAUACCAGUACUUGAGGCGUGUAAUGGUGCGGCCACUGAAAGAUCUCAUCGAAUUUCCACGGUUCUUCAGUUACUCCCUGGAGGACAGGAUAGAGCCUCGGCACCAAACAUUAGUGGCCAACAGGAUCAACAUGAAGCUGCGGUACAUGCUGACCGGAUCUGAUGAAGAAUUUGCCCAGAGGGUGCGGGAGGCCGUUGAGAGGAGAGCGAGAUUUGAAGCUGGAAAAGGUGUUGUGGAGACAUUUUCAGAUGCUGCAGAGACAUCCAAGGAAGAAGAAACUACAGCAGCUGCAGCAGCAUGCCAAAACAGCAUAGAGGUAGAUUAGAUAGAUGAUGUAUAUGUGGUAUUUCUGCAAAAAAAAAAAAGCAAGCAAAGUAUGCCUCCUGGCCGUGUACAUGUUCUGAAGGGGAAAAUAAGUACAGGUAUUUUAGAUCUUUUUUACUGUAGGCCAGAAUGUAAAACUGUUGUGUUUGUAUCCAUGAGGAAUUAACAAAGAUAAAA